AUGGGACAGUCGGCCGGCUGGGUCCUGAGCGUGACGGUUGGGCAGGGCGUCAUGACCGGUGGCUGCGUCGGCAGCUGCGUGAUGCUGAUGGUGACGAUGGGCCUCGAGGACGUGGUCGAGGUCGACUUCGACGUAGUAGUCGGGGGCCGCCAGCGCCAGGUAGUGGUGGUGGUGGUGGUGGUUGUCCGCCGCGUCGAUGUGCUACUGCUGGUGCUUGUGGGCUGGCACGGCUGGUUCAGGGGGCAGUCUGCCUGGCAGGGAGCGACGAGAGUGGCGGUCGGGACCGACGACGGACAGCCGCAGGGGUUCUGCACCGUCGUGACCAGAGAGCAGUCGGCGUUGCAGCGGCGUGUGGUGCAGGUGCUGGCCAGCUCGGUGCGCGUCACCGUCGGGCAGAUGCUCUGGGCCAUCGCCGAGGCGGCUGCCAGGAGGAGUGUGAGUUUGAGUUGGAUGUGCAUGUUUUGGGCAAAGGAGAGGAAGCCAAAAAAGGUGGACUGUAUCGCUUUUGUUGCGGGCCACGGAAAGAAUGCGAACGAGUAG